AGCACUCCGCAGUAGCAGGGACCGAGUCAGACGGCGCAGGAGCCAAAGUAGAUUCAGACGUGGCGACAGAGGAGUCUAACAUACAUCAAGUGGUGCACAAAGAACUGUGGACUGAGAACAAAAAAACCAACAAAACAGAUAGAUUAAAUAUUACUGCACAGAAAGAAAGAAAGAAAAAAGAGGUGCAGUGUGUGGGACUGUGCUUUUCUGGGACAGGGAGAAAGAAAGGAGCAAGAAGGAACAAUAAGACGUGUUUUCCAGAAGGACCCUUGGAAUUCUGCGUUUUUACGCACACCAUCUCUCUCUCUCUCUGUCUCUCUCUGUCACACACACACACACACACACACACACACACACACACACACACACAUAGACCUGCUGCAGGAUAUAGCUAUCUCUACUCUAGCUCUAAAAGAGUGAGGAAGAGUGUGUAAGUGAGAGAGCCUGUCGUUCCUCUGGAGUCUACGGGACCAUGGCACCUGUCAGAGACGCAGUGGCGCUCGGCUGAAGACGCACACAUACUCACUCACACACACACACACACACACACACACACACACACACAGCGAGAGAUUAGCAGUGCAAAGUUCUACAAUCUCAUUGUCCGAUCUGGAACCUAAUCACAAAAACCCCUGGCAAAUCAAUUGACCAACCACUCUUCAGAGCAUCCACCACCUAGAAGCUUCUCUCUGAACACUAUUGAGAGUGUCUGAAGAUGAUGAUGACUAUGAUAGUGGUGGUAUUGACUGUGAUGCUUGGCCUGAUCAGUGUCAGUUCAUCGUCCAGUGGAUCAUCUGCAUCUUCUACCUCUUCCACUUCUGCACCAAGGAUGAAGCUUACUUACAAAGAGCUCCAGCAGUUUAAUGGAGUGAAGCGGUUUGACUUGGACCGCUCGUGCUGUUUCGGAUCACUCCUAUUGGAUGAAGAAAGGGGCCGGCUCUUUGUAGGAGCGAGAAAUUACCUGUUGUCACUCAGCCUGGAUAACAUUGCCAAACAAGAACAAAAGAUUUACUGGCCAGCACCUGUGGAGUGGAGGGAAGAGUGCAACUGGGCAGGGAAGGACAUCAAUAUGGACUGUGUUAAUUAUGUGAAGGUUUUACAUCACUUUAACCGAACUCAUCUGUAUGCCUGUGGGACAGGAGCCUUCCACCCGACCUGUGCUUACGUGGAGGUUGGACAUAAAGUGGAGGAUCACGUGUUUCGAUUUGAUCAAUCUCUUGUUGAAGAGGGUAAAGGGAAAAGCCCAUAUGACCCACGGCACACCGCAGCUUCUGUUCUAGUUGGUGAUGAGCUGUAUGCAGGCGUGGCCACUGAUCUGAUGGGAAGGGAUUUUACGAUUUUUCGGAGCCUGGGACAGAAACCCUCCAUACGGACAGAACAACACGACUCUCGCUGGCUCAACGAGCCCAAGUUCAUAGGUGCUUUCGCUGUUCCGGAGAGUGAGAACCCUGAUGAUGAUAAAGUCUUCUUUUUCUUCCGAGAAACUGCUGUUGAAGCUCAAGGCUACGGCAAGGUCACCUAUGCUCGGAUUGGCCAGCUGUGCCGGAAUGACAUGGGAGGGCAGCGUAGUUUAGUGAAUAAGUGGACAACAUUCCUGAAGACUCGACUUGUCUGCUCUGUACCAGGCAACGAUGGCAGUGAAACACACUUUGAUGAGCUCAGGGACGUGUUCCUGCUGCAAACACGAGACAGGAAGAAUCCACUGGUCUAUACAGUCUUCUCUACUUCCAGUAGUGUAUUCCGUGGGUCAGCCGUCUGCCUGUACACUAUGAACGACAUCCGGAGGGCAUUUUUAGGGCCAUUUGCACAUAAAGAGGGACCAAAUUACCAGUGGGUGCCUUUCCAAGGCAAAGUUCCUUACCCUCGACCAGGCAUGUGUCCCAGUAAGACGUUCGGAAGUUUUGAGUCCACUAAAGGUUUCCCAGAUAAUGUGAUCCAGUUUGCACGUCAUCACCCAUUGAUGUACAACCCGGUGACGCCGCUCGGUGGCCGUCCGCUUUUCCUGCGCACAGGAAUGCCAUACAGCUUCACACAGAUCGCUGUGGAUCGAGUUAAUGCUGCAGAUGGCCACUACGACGUCAUGUUCAUCGGAACAGAUGUCGGCACAGUUCUGAAGGUGAUCUCUGUGCCCAAAGGAAGCUGGAGCAACACAGAGCUGCUGCUUGAAGAGCUGCAAGUCUUCAAAGAUUCUUCAUCCAUUAUCAAUAUGCAGAUCUCCUCCAAACGACAACAGCUAUAUGUAGGCUCUGAUACAGGUGUAGCACAGGUGCCACUGCAUCGCUGCAGCAUGUACGGUAAAGCAUGUGCCGAGUGCUGCCUUGCCCGUGACCCCUACUGUGCCUGGGAUGGACACACUUGCACUCGUUAUCUGCCUAACACAAAACGGCGCUUCCGUCGCCAGGACGUGAGGAACGGUGACCCUAACACACUCUGUUCAGGAGACCACCAGAAGCUGCGUGUUUUGGAGAAAAAGCUGUAUGCAGUGGAGGGAAGUAGCUCUUUCCUGGAGUGCAUUCCCAAAUCACUACAGGCUCAGGUCACCUGGACCUUGCAGAGACACCCUAACAAUGCUCGAGAAGAGGUCCGUCUGGAUGAUCGCGUGCUUCAGACAAAUCGUGGCUUGUUGCUACGACGAGUGUUACGCAGAGACAGUGGAAUUUACCAGUGUCAUGCAAUGGAGCAUGGAUUCACCCAAACGCUGCUCAGCAUCAUGCUGGACGUCGUCCCCACUACAGGCCCAGCACAUAGCCAAGCACACAACCCCACCCAGAGCCAAGCACAGUCUACCAAUCAGAAGCUGUGGUACAGAGACUUCAUGCAGCUGGUCGAUCACCCCAACCUGAGCACCGUUGACCAGAUCUGCGAGCAGGUUUGGUCACGUAAAAACAGCCAAUCAGACAAAGCCAUGGCAGACGCGCCCAACGAGUCUCCAAGUAUCAAUCCUCUGCACAACACGAACAAAAGAUGGAAGCAUCUUAAGGAGGUGAGGAAGGGGAGGAACCGCAGAACACACGACGGAAAACCUGCACCUCGAGCGCCUCGGAGUGCGGGAGAGUAAUAUAGGACGAAGAGAGAGAGAGAGAUGGACAGAUAAAGAAAUAGAGAUCACUGGAGUUGGAUAAAACCGCACAUCAUCACAUUUAAUGACUAUUUAUCAAAUAUUACACGCAAGCUAUACAUCAGAAAGUCACAAAAUUCUUCACAUACUGUACAAUUUACCACACACCAUUGCCUUACUGCAUUGCUGACCCAUCAUACCUCCUAGACUUCCAAAAAUCCUUCCUAACACUUCUACACCUCCCUAAAUCAGUCUACAGCCAUUUACAGACUUUACUGCCCUGCUUUACGGCACCUACACUGUAGUGCUCUCAAAACUAAUUUCACAGUUCAAAUCCUAGUUCAAAUUUUAAGCCCCAGACUCCACAUUUUUUGGAUAAAUUACCCAUUGUAGGUUCUUUUUAGUUUUUAUAGUUAGGUGGGCAUGAGACUCCUUAUACAAUACUUUAUUUCACACAUUUUAAUUACUUUUAUUUUAAUGACAUUUUAGCUAAAGCUGUUAGAUUUAGCUUUAUCUGUAGCUGAAUCUCAAAUGUCCUUCUAAUGGCUACAUAGUCCACUACAUGUGUACAACAAUGCUAUUAUGUAGUGAGCAUAAGUGGUGAUAUAAAAUACAAAUAAUAGUAAUAUCUUUACUGGUAAUAUUCAUUACUCUGUCCAUAGUAGUAUCAUUAAAAUUCAAAUACACUCCCCUAAUGCCCUCACUGCUAUUCCUACACACUCCAUACACUCCUUUACACCCUCACUGCUAUUCGUACACACUCCAUACACUCUCUUUAUACCCUCACUGCUAUUCGUACACACUCCAUACACUCCCUUUAUACCCUCACUGCUAUUCCUACACACUCCAUACACUCCUUCAUACCCUCACUGCAAUUCCUACACACUCCAUACACUCCCUUUAUACCCUCACUGAUAUUCCUACACACUCCAUACACUCCCUUUAUACCCACACACACACACACACACACACACACACACACACACAAUGAUGCAAUAAUUAUUUGCUUGGGCUUCUUUCUGAACACAGAGGCCCAAAGUGCAGACAAGGAUGAUGUCGUUCUGAAUAAAUUUGCCUCAUCUUGGCUACAACUCCAAGUAGAGGAAUAAUCGGAACCACAGAAAAAGUAUUAAACAGACUCAGUACCUAUACAAACUGUACAGCGGUGCAAUUGCAUGCAUUGUCUUGGAACAGCACGGACACUUAAACAUUGAUCUUCUUCUAGAAAAACAAACAACAACAAAAAAAAAGGCUUUGUAUAUUUGCAACAUAUUUGUGUGUUUGUGCUUCAUGCUGUUUGCAUUCUAUAGAACAGAAUUUUCUCUAUAUCUUCUAAUAUUCUCUGUGUGACCAAAACCACUACUUAGCUGAGCACCACUAGCUGCCUGUUACCAUAGAAACUGUUAAAGCUGCUCUCUAGUGUUUGCCAUCAGCAGGAAAUGGGGAGAAAGAAACUUAAAACUGUGAACUUACCUACAAAAUAUCAUCAACAGCUAAUUUAUGGAAAAGAGUUCCUUUGAGUCAUGUGGCCUGGCUUCUCACUGGCGCCACCUGUUGUACGGAAACACUUUGAGCUGCUUUGAUGUUGGUUUUUGCUCCCACUUCAUCCAAAGCACAUUUUGUGUGAGAUCAAAAGGUGGUAGGAUGGAGGGUCACCCAUGUGCGCUAUACCUGCAUUGUGUGUUUGUUUGCUUUACGAUGAUGUGUGCUAGACACCUUCUGUCAUUAUCAGGCACAACAUCAAAGCAGGGGUGCAUUAUGGGAAAAACAGACAAAUGGAGGUGUGGGUAAAGAAAAUAAUUUAUGAUGUGGGAUAAAGGAUGUUUUGGUUUUGAACCUGCUUCUAAUAUGUUAUUAUUUACAAGAAAAGAUGAUUGUGUGUGUGUGUGUGUGUGUGUGUGUGUGUGUGUGUGUGUGUGUGUGCGUGUGUGUGUGUGUGAUUCAUAGCUCCCACAGUCAAAUGAACUCUAUAUUCCUCAUACAGCAUGUUAUUUAAAGUAGCGGUCAUUCAUUUUAAAGUAAAAACACUAAUUGUAAUGACAUCAGAUUCUCUCAUCAACCCUUUUUGCUGAUGUAGGGGGUUUUAGGUUGGAGGAUAAAUGACAGAUAAUAAUUCCUUACUCCUUUAGACCUCAGUCAACCACUUACAGUUUUCCUGUGCUAUUAAGAAAAAUGCAUACUGUGCUCCAAUUCUCAUUUUACUUCAACACAAGCAGCAUCAGAGAGCGGGGAAUAGUGGGGUUGAAUACCUAAGGCCUCUAAAUGGAGAGGUUUGGGUUUGCAUUUCCAUUAACGAGAUGUGAAGUAUGUAUUUUCAUGUAACAUCCCUGACUACUAAAUUAUAUACCACAAAAUUUAAAGCAGUUCUAGGAAAUCUGUUCUAUUCAGCUACUUUUGUGGUUCCAAAACAUGUCAUAUUUUUUGCUAUUAUUGUUUUCCAGAGUGGUUUGCGGUAAUGGCUGGUAUGAGAGUGAAUGAAAAUAACGAGUCAGAGCAGAAAGGUGAAUUGGUGAACUGGCUUUUGGUUUUUACCACUAGAUGUCAGCUGGGUGUUGUGAAUGAAACAUGAAGCAAUUGAGUUAAACUAUCACUAUUCAAGACUACAACCAGAGAAAGAUACAGAUAUACAGAUAAUUACAUAUAUAGCUACAACGAGCUGCUUUUUUUAUAUCAGGCAUACUUAUAUGUUCCACACUAAUGAGAAUUUUAAAAGAAAUCAAUAAUUAAAUAAAAAUAAAGAAAUAAAUAAACAUUGAGAAAUUUUAGAAAUUUCAGAAAUGUGAAACAUUUCAGUUCCAUGGAAUUUGAGAAGUGAAGAAGAUUCCAAAUUUCCAAAUUGAAAUGGGAGAAAUUUGAGAAGUUUCAGUUCCUUAACUUCCUCAGAAAUAAAAGUACCAAACCAAACGUACUUUUUUCCUGUCAGUAGGCUGAUUUCAGCAAUAAUGAAAAUAUUGAGCAAAUUCAUGAAGCAUCAUUUCUUGAGGAAGGUGCAUGAGUGUUGAAUGGUGUACAUUUAUCUUUUACAGUAAAGCUUUAAAAGUAACAGCCCUAAAUGUUCAGUUAUGUACUUUGAUGAUAUCCACACCAGCAUCAAGGAAACGUACUGUACCUUUUAUUCUUUGGAGUAAAUUUUAGUUUCUUCCCUGUUCUUGAAAAUUGUAUCGUAAGGCCUGACAUCUCAACUUCCUUUCCUUCAGCAAUCAGUUCCACUAGCUGUUAUCAAUUCCUUAAGAUAUAAGAUAAGAGUGUAAAAGGGUGAAUAGGUUUUGUUCUAUUUAUGAUGUUUCAUGAGGUAAUGAACGGUUAUGCCUGUUUCUGUUCAUUUGCAUGACUUAAAUAAAGAUGUGUAGUUGAGUGUUUUGCCAGUACAGUAGACAGGAAGCACAUUGGCACAUCUAAUGUUCUUAUGACGUAUUUAAGACAUAAUAAGCUAAUAUGUAGUGGUGAAUUGUGCUGAGAUUGACAUUUGUAAUAUAUCCAUUCUUCUGAAAACUGGAGAAAAAGUGUGUAUAUUUUGAGGUAUAUGUUCCUUUCCUUUUUAAACCAUAUUUAAGGAUAUGAUCCAAAACUCUACUUGUGUGACAUGACAUUUUCCUCUUUUAACUUUUUUUUUCUAGAAAAAAAAAAAAAUUAACCAAAUGACCCAGACCAGCUCACUGAUUUCGUUGCCUUGUGACUCUUCUCAUAUUCAGAGAGACAGAGCAUCUCUGUGUUCCGUCUGUGUAUGUGUGUGUGUGCACAUGUACGAGUGUGUAUAUGCGCGCUCGUACAUGCAUGUGUGUGAUGCAUUAACAUGUGUAAGUGUGUUUUUUGUAUGUGUGUGUCUACUGUUAGAUGUUGUAAACUGUAAACUAUGGAUUAAAAGUGAUUUUUCUGGAGAGGUCUAAGGCCAAAGUUGACAUGGAACACUGUAGUGACUAUUCCUAUUUCUAUGUGGUUUGUUGCAUCAGACUGUAUUUGAUUAACACAAAGAAAUAAACAGGUACUUCAAAA